AUGAAUCUCAUUAUUGGGUCUGACAAUACUAUUGAUGUGGAGAAAUAUGACAAGAUAGUCCAAACAUUUUACACUAGCAAUAGCCAAGGUUGGGCUCAGGCGCAGCAGGUCUUGGACGAGUUUCAAAGAAAUGAGGACUCGUGGUUAUAUGUCGAUAAAAUCCUGCAGUUUUCCUCUAAUGUGCAAGGCAAGUACAUUGCGCUAUCGGUGUUAGAUAACAUGGUAACAGGAGGCUGGUAUGAACUGCCCCAAGAGCAAAAACUGGGAGUACGAAACUUCUUAGUUGGCUUUAUUUUGUACGUUUGUGAGAAGAACAAACCCAAUGAGAGCUUUAUGCUUAGGAAGGCGGAUUUAGUGCUUAUUGAAAUCUUGAAGAGAGAGUGGCCAGAUAAUUGGCCCUCUUUUUUGGAUGAAUUAAUUUCGAGUUCCCAAAGCUCACCGCAAGUAUGUUACAACAACUUGAAAAUACUAAGUUUGUUAGCGGAAGAGGUUUUUAAACCACUAAAAAAGAACCAAACUAAAGCAAAAGCAUUACAACUGAUAUACAACCUUAAUGCAAAUGCGGAGAAAAUUUGUAAUUUUUGUACAGAAUUAUUAAAGAUGGACUAUUCGAGCGAAAUGACUGUCGCUUCUCUGAAUACAAUUAAACUCUUUCUUCUCUGGCUUCCAAAGGAUUGCUUCAACAGCUUGGAAUUAUGGGGGGUACUGACAUUACUGAGCAGAAGCGAACCAAGUAUAAGAUACCAUGUAAUUCAAUGCCUAAUUCAAGUGCUUGAUCUAGAUUUCGCUUUAGUAGAGACAAUAAGAUCAAAUGAACGUUUUUCUUCAUCUCUCAUAAGCUGUUUUAUAAGUAUUAUAAACCAAACUGCUUGUGAAAUAAAAACAACAGACACUAAAUGGUACAAGUUUUACCUAGAAUUGCCUAUAGAUGGCGAGGAGUACUUGAAGGAAUUGGCGAAAUUUCUUACCAAAUUUCUCAUAAACCAUUCCACAGCAAUGGAUAACACUCCAAAUGUAAGGGGAAUUAUUUACGAAGCACACAGAUGUAUCCUAAGAUUAAUGGAGCUACCCAAUAUAGAGAUUUUGGAGUAUACUUGUGAAUAUUGGCAUCAACUUGUAUUUAAAUCACUCACCAAACAACAAGAUAUUGGCUAUAAUCUAACACAUACUCAUCCAUUACCACAGAGAAGGAAUUCUAUUGAUCGCGAUAACUUCGAAUUUUUUGAAGAGGUAAGGGAAUACCUCAUUUGGAAUUUAACAAAACCAGAUGACAUUCAUAACUUAUUUGCAUCUACAACUGGUUUAAUUGAUGAAUCCGAACAAUCAAACUUAUAUAACAUACAGCGUGAAACUUUAAUAUACCUCACUAAUUUGGAGUAUACAAAAACCUUAGGAAUGAUUCAGAAUGAGAUAAAUCAGUGGCUAAAUCAACCAAUAACUGAGAUAGGUCAUUUCAAUUCUGUUUGUUGGUCAAUAGCAACUUUAGCAGGCCAACUACCAAGUAAAAUAGAAGAUGAGUUUAUAAUAACUAUUAUGAAGAUCAUGAUGCAGAUAGAAGAAUAUAACCAAUCCCAGGAAAUGAAAACGCAUAUUCAGUACAAUAUGAUCUAUAUCAUCACAAAAUAUACUCGAUUUUUGAAGAGUAACUGGAUCUCUUUAAAAGCAAUCACUGGUCGCCUAAUUAUAAUAAUUCAGAGCGCAGAUACACCACUAAGAGAUCAGGCCGCUAUAGCUCUUGGACGAUUGCUCGCACAAUGUGCCUCAUCAUAUAUUUAUCCGCAAGAAGAAAAUGAACCCCCUUAUAUUGACAUUAUCAUAAGGCAAUCUUCUAUUAUAUUGGGUUACUUAUCUCCAGAGCAACAAACUCAGCUCAUCAAAUCCCUCCAAAUUGCUGUUUAUAUGGACCCCAGAUCUGUUGAAAAGCAAAAAAAUAUCCAUCUCAUCAUUCAUGAUACCAUGAAUGAGUGGAAUGCAGUUUUAAUGAAGUUUAGGGAUGGAAUAAACAACUUCAAUGAUAUGGCCAGACUUCAAAAGUUAAACCAUUUAAUACACGUCUUGGAUGUCACCUGCAAAGAACUUAAAGAAUAUUUUAAUUCACAUUUAGAAAGAAUAAUUCCUGAUAUCUCAUUUCUGCUACAGAAUCUAUCUCAUUUUGUUAUCACCUAUAUGGAUGACAAACAAUGGAAGGGAAAUAACAACGGAAGCAAAAAUCUUGCAGUAGAGAUUUACUCAGGUAUUUUAAGUUUAUUGAACACCUCCAUCGAUCAUGGAACAAAUGAAAAUUCACAAUCACUUACAAUUAGAGCCUCAAAAAUUGUAGAUGCAUUCUUAUCAACUUAUUCGAACGGAAUGGGACAAAUCCUCAAUGGGGAGGACAUAAACUUAUCUUUAGCACUUCUGAAGAAGUUGGGGCGGAACUUUGAUAAGUAUAAUAAACAACUUCUAACCAUAUUAAUUGAUUCAGCCUUAGCAUAUGGCGAUAGAGCAAGUCCAGAUCAAUCUAUCACAUUAGUCAAAUCUAUGUCUUAUAUAAUAGGAUCUUGCUUCGAAACAAUACUUGCAUUGAAAGCGUCAUACUGUGGCGAUAUUUGUCAAUACACAAUGCUUUCUGCGAUAAAUUCUGACUCUGAUGUGAAGCUCAUCUCCUGGAGAUCUCUAAUAUCGAUACUAAACAAAUUUAAAAAUUAUAAGGAUGAUCAGAUACAAAAUGAGUUCCUUGCAAGUUUUUAUUUCCCCUUACUUCAACUAAUAUUUUCAACAAUCACUGAUAAGUCCUUUGAUGUUGUAUUUGAAGAACAGUGCCAAUUAUUAUCAGAUUUACUCAUCAUUGCAUCCGAAAAUGAUAUAGUACUCUAUGCAUUUAUCACCUCCAAAAAUGAUACAAACUUCAAUGUUGUGCAAGAGUUUUUAUUAAACGAGAUACUGAAUAAUAGUAAACUCAAAGCAGAUCAAGCUCAUGAAAUAGUUUUAUCUUUGAUUUCACUAGCUGGCGAUAGGAACGCCAUAAAAAAUAAGUUAGAAGAUUUCAAGGCCAUGUCAAAAGAGGCCUGUGCUUCAUCCGCAGAUGUGUUUGAAGAAGAAAAUUAUCACCAAUACGAAGUACUAAUCAAAUCUCAGGCUAUCAAAAGACACAACGAUUAUACCGUUACUGACUAG